UUUAGUGCAUCAUUACUUAAUAUGAUUAAGAAAUAAUUUGUUUCUUUUUAUAUAUGUCUCUUAAAAUAUGAGUAAAACGGUUGAAUUUAAUGAUUUUAAAAUAAUUUGUCGAAUAUGUAUGUUAAAUAAAGAAAAUAUGAUAUCAUUUUCUACACCGCAAAUUAUUUAUAUGAUUGAAGAGUGUACAUCCGUACAAAUACUUAUUAACGAGAAAUUGCCACAACAAAUUUGUAACAAUUGCCACAGCCAGCUAAAAAAUGCUUAUGAUUUUAAACAACAAUGCGUAUCUUCGUCGGAAAUACUAUACAACAUUUUAUUACAAGAAGAGAAAACGAAUGAAAAUAAAGAUGACAUUGAUAUGAAAUGUGAAAUUGAAUCCGAUAAUGAGAAUAAAAUCGACUUAAAAAUUGAACAAGAAAUUGAUAUUAAAUCUGAUGAAGAUUUCGCUGCAAAUGAAGAGUGUUUAUCAUCAACAUCAUCAAUGCACGAUGAUGAAAUCGAUAUAGUUGAUGAAGACGACUUAUCAGAUAAAGAAUCAUCGUCGCGACAAAAAUCAUUGGCUGAUAUUCUAGUGGCCAAGUAUAAAAUAUACGAUUUAACAUGUAAUAUUUGUAACAAAGAAUUAAGUACACGAACAACCUUAUUACGUCACAUGGAGACACAUAACAAAAAUCGAUCACUAAAAUAUAAAUGUGAGACAUGUAAUAAAGGUUUCUAUGCCUUGGAAAAUUUAAAGAAACAUCAAGUACGACAUUUAGGUGAAGCGAAAUACGCUUGCGAUAAAUGUUCAAAAAAAUUCUAUGUAUUAAGUGCAUUAGGUGCACAUUAUAAAAAUACUCACAAAAUGGAAGCAAUUCAUUGUGAGAAAUGCUCAAUUGAGUUCUAUCAUCCGUUACAAUUAGAACAACAUACUCAACAAAUUCACUCUCAAAAAGAAUUCAUAUGCGACAUCUGUGGCAAAGUAUUCUCAUUAAAGUAUAAGUUAAAAGAUCAUCAAAGUGCGCACUCAGAAAUGCGACCAUACGCAUGCUCAAUGUGUGAUAAAAAAUUUAAACAUAAUUUUGCAUUAACUGCGCAUGUUAAGCUACAACAUAUUGAUCCGGAACGCCGUGAAAUGUGUUUUGUUUGCGGUAAAUUAAUUGUACCGGGUCGUUUAACGGUACAUUUAGAAUCACAUGAUAAUACAACGACUCAUAGAUGUCAUAUUUGUAAUAAAAUUUAUAGGAAUAAGUAUGCAUUACGUGGACAUGUUAAAGAACGUCAUACAAGAGAUGCAAUUAUUAAAAAGUAUACAUGCAAAAUAUGUAAUAAAGUUCUGGGAAGUUCUGGAUCAUUAACAAAUCAUAUGGCGAUUAUGCAUUCGGAUGUAAAGAAACAUGUUUGUUCGAUUUGUGGUAAAAGUUAUAAAUUACAAUCGCAUGUUAAGGUGCAUAUACAGACCGCGCAUAUGGAUGUGAGACCACAUAUAUGUACUACAUGUAAUAAAGCGUUUCAUACAAAAACAUUAUUGAAAAAUCAUAUGCGAACACAUACCGGGGAACGUCCGUUUCCUUGUCCGGUAUGUGGUAAAGCUUUUGGUUUCAAAAAUGUAUUAAAUACUCAUAUGAAAGUUCAUGCUAAAUAAAUGGAAGGUUUUUCUGCGUUUUUCAAUAAAACUACCAGAACUGAAAAAAUGAUUGUGCCGGGAAUGGAGGAAUGUCGUAAAGAAAUUUUAGACUGAUACUACAUUAUUCUAACAGUAUUAUUUUAUUAAUUAACGUAUAAGUAUCGAU